AUGAUGAAUGAAAAGGAAAAUGGACGUGCUAUUGAAAGAAACUCUACGCCGCUGAAUACUAAACCCGUCUUACCUUAUACUCUGCAUGAUCCAGUAGAUUCUGAUGGAUUAUCAUGGCCAAGUAUAGGUUCUAGAGAGCGCGUUGAGGAGAAUGCCGAGGAGCAGGAAAAGCGCAUUGAGAGAAUUGCAGGAGCGGUAUCUACUAUCCUCACAGAAUUAGGCGAAAAUGUUAAUAGAGAGGGAUUAAAACUAACGCCAGAAAGGUUUGCAAAAGCUAUGUUAUAUUUUACUAAAGGUUAUCAAGAUAAUAUUGUAACGGACGUUAUAAACGAAGCAGUAUUUGAAGAAGACCAUGAUGAGAUGGUUAUAGUCCGUGAUAUCGAGUUCUAUUCACUAUGUGAGCAUCAUCUAGUACCCUUCUACGGUAAAGUACAUAUUGGUUAUAUUCCCAGGAAGAAGGUACUGGGCCUUUCAAAACUUGCCCGUUUGGCUGAGAUGUAUGGGCGAAGAUUACAAGUACAAGAGAGGCUUACCAAGCAAAUUGCGAUUGCUCUCCAAGAGAUGCUGAAACCUUAUGGUGUUGCUGUUAUAAUCGAGGCUACACACAUGUGCAUGGUUUCACGUGGCAUUCAGAAAGUGGGAUCAUCUACUGUAACGUCUUGUAUGUUAGGGUGCUUCAGAGAGAGACUUGAAACCAGACAAGAGUUUUUGAAUCUAGUUCGCACUAGAAAUGUUUAA